UGAGCGCAGCAUUAGGGUAGAGGAGAGACAGAGAGCCGCUGGUGUGGACGCUGGCCUUAUGGUUAAAUCUAACCUACAGACGAUUUUGAAUAGUCAUUGUUUUGUUAGAGAAAAAGAGAGAAACUUAACCGAAAUGCCUGUUAUUGAACAAUCCAGUAAUAAACCUGAAAGUGGAAGUAUCUCCAAUCCCAGGAGGUGCUCCCGCUGUUGCAGUAACCCGUGUCCGGGGCCUCUGUGGUGCUCCGAUGCCCCUCUCCCACCCCUGAAGAUCCCAGGUGGGCGAGGGAAUGACCAGAGGGAUCGCAAUCUUUCAGCUAAGCUAUUCUAUUCUGAUACUCAGUUGCUGGUUCUUGAGGAGCCCCCCCCUGCCAACGGCAGAGUGCGCUUCCUGCUCUUCGAGCCCCGUCGCUCGGAGGGCAAGCACUGUGUCUGGAGGGCGGCGCUGAAGGGAGAGAAUCUUUAUGUGGAAAUCCCUCCUGGAGCUUUGCCCGAGGGCAGCAAAGAAAGUUUUGCUCUUCUGCUGGAAUUUGCAGAAGAGCAGCUGCAGGUUGAUCACGCGUUCAUCUGUUUCCACAAGAGCCGUGACGACAGAGCUUCCCUGCUGCGUACUUUCAGUUUCCUGGGCUUUGAGAUUGUGAGACCGGGUCAUCCCCUCGUCCCCUCCCGCCCCGAUGCUUUCUUCAUGGCUUACAGCAUCGAGCGAGACUCCUCUGAUGACGAUUAAAUGAGCAGUUACAGAUGUUUGUUGUUCUUAUUUCAAUCCAUACGCUACACAGCUUUAUGAUUCUUACGGGAAAUGAAUAUAUUAU